GUCAGAGCUCAGGGCAAAGAGUAAACUACAACAAAUCUGCCAUGUUUGUCUCGGCUAACAUCGACAAGAGGAAGGCGCACCGACUUUCUUCAAGAGCCGAGAUUCCACUCACAGUAGACCUGGGCCGGUACCUUGGAGUUAUGGCAAUCCACGGUCGAGUUACAAAGGAUAUAUAUCGAGAGCUGGUGAUGAGAAUACAGAAGAAACUCGCACCCUGGAAAACCAGACAUCUAUCUCUGGCAGCCCGGAUCACGGUCGCUUGAUAGGAUUAAUAGAGAUUUUAUCUGGGGGACACAGAAACCAAGAGGAAUCUCCAUUUAGUGGGAUGGCCUCAACUGCUCCUGCCAAAGAAUAAUAGAGGCCUUGGUAUCCGGUCAAGUAGAGAGGUGAACCUGUCCAUGCUAGCUAAAGAUUGUUGGCGCAUCGUACAGGAGAAAGAAAACCUUUGGGUCCAGAUGGUUCGCGCUAAGUAUGGGGGAACCGACAACACCUGGAUAUUCUUAAAUGUGUUCAG